GUCCGUUUAAAAUCAACGAUUAUUCUUUUAGUGUUUGCUAGUGGCAAAUACUCCGAACCUUAUCAUUGAUUGUUCUUCUAUAAGUAAGCACUGGUUCAGGUGAGAAACAAAGGACUCAUCGCAAUGUCAGGCGCACAGAAAAGUAAGAAAGCAUCAAAUAUGAAAAAGCAAGCCAAAAGAGUUCAGGAGACUGAUAAGGAGCUGAGAAAAAAGAGGAAGAUUGCGAGAACGAAUACGGCAAAAGAGUUGGUAAAGAGCAUUAGUUAUAGGACAAUGGAGGAGGAGGAGGCCGAUGAGUUCUCCCCUGCAUAUGAUACUGAGAAUGACAAGUUAAUUUCUAAGCGUGACCUGCGGUUUAAUUUUUCUAACAUUAUCAACCAACAACCAUUCUAUUCUCAUCCCUCACAUCCCACCAUUGAUCUUCAUAGUGAAAUGAAGUUACAGCGUCAAAAAAGAUUGGUAGAGCUUGAUAUGCUUAGAGAGAAGGAGCUUGAAGACACAAAGGAGAAUGAUGAAACAGGGUCUGACGAUGAUUUGCUAAGUUUCCCAUCAUCAGAGGAUGAAGAUUUGAUGGAUGCUAAGCUACCACAACUUCACGAAUUAACGACUCUUGGAGGCAAUUAUGAUUCUUGGAGUUCGAAGCUAGAGUCUUUAACCACUGGCUUAGAGCAGGUUGAUCGGCUAAUCAGGCAGCUGAACGAUCACGAUGCGGAAGCCGAAAUCUUGAGCGUUCACGAACAAAGCGUCCUGAAACCAUUCGAAUGUGAAUCAGAUGUUAAGCACAAAGAAAAGAAUAUCUCGAAAACGCUUCGUAAAGCACUCAAGUACUGGAACCCUGUGAAUCCUCAGACGUUUCAUUUGACGAAUUUCUAA